ACAAAAUCGACCUGGAAGAGCGAAUGAGCUGAAAAAUUGGCAAGCUUUUCAACAUGUAAGGACAUUUUGGAGAGUAAUUUAUACUUAUUUUAGAUAUGUCUUUAUCACAAAAACUGUCUACACUCGACGAAGUUAAAAAGAAGGAGAUCAAAGCACAACUUCAGAAACAUUUACCCCAUUAUUCUGUAGAAGCUCAAGUUCUUCUUCAUCCUAGCGUUCUCGAAUGGAUGGAAUCACAAUCGUGGGAAAGCAGUGAUGCUUCUGUUGCAGUGAAUUCGAUAACAACGAUGUUACAAGAGAAGAAUGUUUACAUGAGUAAUGAGCCCAUUGAACUUUUGAAUCUGCUUAAAAUAUAUUAUUUUGUAAAAGAUCUAGUAAAUCAAGUGGUGGUUGAUUCUGAGUUACAGAAAAAUGAUGAACAGAUCAGAGAAAUUCAGCAGAAACUAAAAGAGAGGGAAGAAUUCUUUUUGUCUCAAACUAUAUGUAACCUGGAGAUUGAAAAGCUCAAAAUAACUAACAACAACUCAAUGCUUACCCUGCAGCAAGACAAAAGUCCAAAAAUAAGUGAAAUCAGCAAUACAAUUAUUACUUUAUUACAGCCAUUGUUUGAUAACAUCUCAAAAGUUAUAACAAAAAACAAAGAUCUGCAAAGCCAUAUCCUCAGUCAAAUAGCUGAAUGGAAUUUCAACAAACAACAAGCACAAGUUGGGUGGCCUGUCUUCUCCUUCUCAGAAUUCCUGCAACCUUUAAUUCUAUUGUGUAAUAGAUUUGCAAGAAUCCUUUGGUCAACACGCAACCAGACAGAAAAGCUGCUAGAUAUCCUUACUAAAUUUCGAGUCAAUGAGGAAAGUCUCAUACAAGCAGAAACCAUGAAGAGGGAAUCCAGAAGCAUGCUGAGUGCUUUUCUGAAGAGGUGUUUUGUUGUAGAAAAACAGCCACCACCAACUCAACUUAUUGACAAAGGAUUCAGUGUUUCUUUGAGACUUUUAUUGGGAAGCCAGAUUUUGUCUUCUAGUCAUGCUUCAACUGUCACUUGCAGUCUUCACUUGGAUGACGACAUACGGCACUUUUACAGAGCAAAGUUUGAAAACGUUAAAGCCCAAGAUGAAAACAUCAAAAAUGUCCAAAACAACAAAAAAUGUCUCACUUACGACAAGCAGACAGAAUCCUUCUGCGUCUCGUUUGAUAAACUGAAAUUGCACAAACAAGAGAAAAGAAAAGCUAAACUAAAUGAGGAUAAGACUAGGCUGGUGACGGACCAGAAAAGCGGUUUGAUGUUUCAGACACAAAUCAUGAUUGGCACCGAAAGCUUUACCAUCGAGACAUUCUCGGUGCCAAUAGUGGUGAUGACAAACACGAGCCAGUGCCUGGAGUCAGAAGCUACGAUUUUCUGGGACAAUGCUUUUGGUAGAAAAGAUCGAGAGCCUUUCACAUCACCUGAGAGCAUACCACUGGGUGAUUUUUUGGAUGCUCUAAACAAAAGGUGGACAAAGUCAAACGAAGGGGAGCUUCAAGAUUAUCAUCUCAACUAUUUAGCGAAAAAAUUGUUUCCAGAUCUCACGGACAUGAGAGAUUCUCACAAGUUCUAUGUAACCAAACGAAUGUUUAAAAGAGAACACAUGGGGGGCCCCUGUAAAUUCACCUUCACCUUCUGGAGCUGGUUCUAUAAAAUUAUGAAACUGGUAAAGGAAUUCCUGAUCGACGAAUGGCGAGAAAAAAAAAUCUAUGGAUUCAUCGACAAACGUGAAGCAGAGUCCAAACUGAAUGAAUGCCUGGUUGGGACAUUUUUGUUGAGAUUCAGUGACAGUAUUCCUGGUGGUAUAACCAUAGCAUUCAAAGAAAACAUGGAAGGUUGUAACCACGUGCAACCAUGGACGAAAGAUGAACUGAAGCAGAAAUCAUUUUCUGACAGCAUGAGAGACUUGCAAUAUGACAGUGAAUUGAAAUGCCUCCAAUAUUUAUACCCUUCAACACCCAUAGACCAGGCAUUUCCUCAAAAGGACCAUUUAAACAACAAUGAACAGUUCAACCCUCGAUACCCGAAAAAAGCCCCUAUUCGCGUGGUCCGACACGACGAUGGCGGGUCCACUUCAGCAUCGAAUUUUUCUUCGAACCGAUCAUCUUCAUUUCAAAUCACUUCUCCUCCGCCAUCGGUUGGAAGAAACCCCGAAAGUUCUAAUGGUAAUGAACAGGCCUUCUCUCCAAUGUCGUUCGACCACGAUCCGCUUCUCAGUCAACCCAUGUUUUUUAAUGACCAAGAAUUGACCUUGAAUUUGCCCGACCAAAUUAUGGAUGGAGAGGGUGAAGACCUUUGCACUGAGCCCCUAGAGACAUUUUUCUGGGGGACAAAACAAUGAAUUUUCUUUGCAUAAGAAAAGACGGCCUAUAGAGCGUUUUCACGUGACGUCACAGCGACCAUUAUGGGGUACCAAAACAAUACAUUUUCUAUCCUCCGGGAAUUG